AAUAAAAAUUUUGAUUCUGCCAAAUGAAGAGAAGUAAAAACUCAAACACCUUCCUAAUAUUCUCAAAUAUUCAUAAAUUCUCUUCAUUUUAUUCACUAAAAUCAAGAAAAUCUUGUUUUCCCCCCUGUGCAGAUCCAGAGGCUUAGUUAAUUUUUAUUGCUUAUUGUUUGGCUUCUUGAUCUUUAUCAAUUUAUUUUCACCAGUUUAUGAAAAAAAAUAAAAGCUUCAAAUUUUUUACUUUCUGAAGUUCAUUUCACUGUAAAACAAAGAAGUACAAAGAAAAAAAAGGCAGAAAGUUUAUUUUAUUGGUUAAUUUUAGUGCUUAUCAAGUUGCUUUUUCGUUAAUUUUAGUGCUUAUUGAUCUUUGCCAUCUUUGUUUUUUUUUUCCCCCAUUUUAUUGAAAAAUUUGAACUUUUUUUUACUUUUUGAAGUUCAUUUUAGUGUAAACAAGAAAGAACAUUAGAAAAUAGAGGUAGAAAGUUGAAUUUUUUGGUUAAUUUUAAUGCUUAUUGGUUUGCUUUUACUAGCUUUUGUUUUUUCCCAUUUUCUUGAAAAAUCUGAACUUUUUUACUUUAAAGUUCAUUUCACUGUAAAAGAAAGAAUUACAGAAGAAAAUAGAGGUAGAAAGUUGAUUUUUUGGUUAAUUUAGUUCUUAUUAUUUUGAUUAUUGAUCUUUACCAGCAUUUGUUUUUCCCCCAUUUUCUUGAAAAGUCUGGACUUUUUAGCUUUCUGAAGUUCAUUUCACUGUAAUAGAAAGUAGUACAGAAAAAGAAAGAAAGCCAGAAAGUUGAUUUUCUUAGUUUUCAAGAAUGUUAGAAUCUGCAUAAAUUAGCUGCGUUAUGUGAAGAUUUCAAUGUUGGGCUUAAGUGAACAUUCAGGUUUUUCAGUUCUUGGGUGUUGGUGGAACACUAGUUUCUGGUACCCCAUAUUGGGGUCUGACUAAAUCCAGAUUCACGUCGAAAAGUCUCACAUUAGGGGUAAAGCACUAAAGCGCUCCCUAAUGAAGGGGGACUCCAUAUCGAGGGCUUGAAAACGAGACGUCUAGUGGAGCACUAGUUAAGUAGGGGGACUCCAUAUCGAGGGCUUGAACGCGAGACCUCUGGUGGAGCACUAGUUAAGUAGGGGGGACUCCAUAUUGAGGGCUUGAACACGAGACCUCUAGUGAAGCACUAGUUAAGUAUAGGCUGAGUUAAAGUGGGAAUGAAGAAGUAUAUAUUAACUAGAAAAGUGGGAAGGAAGAAGUGGGCUGGAUACCUUCUUAUUAUUGGUCUUGCAUUGGUCUUGUUGGUUCGAUACAGCAGUGUAGAAAAAUCAUACAGUAUUGUAGAAAAGUCGGGCAGCAGUGAGGGAGAGUCUCCGCAAAAGCAAUCAGCUUAUGGGUUUUUCAAUGAUCAUCCAGACAUUAAUGAAGGUCCAAAAGAUGUUAAAUUAAAACCAGUAGAGCUAGUUACGUUUAAGGAAAAACCGCGUCUUAUUGAUGUCGAAGGGCUUAAUGAUCUAUACUGCUUGAGUAAUUUUUCAAGGGAAGAGUCUAAGGCAUUGCUAGCAUGGAGCAAAAUGAGAUUGUUGUUGUCUAGAUCAGAUGGUUUGAAUGGAACUGCUGAAGGAGUUAAGGAGGCUGCUAUAGCGUGGAAAGAUUUGGUUUCGUUUAUUGAGAAAAGUAAGGCCUCUCAAGUUGAGACGGAAAAUGACGACUGUCCUUAUUCUGUAACUGCAUUCAAUACCGCGACAUUGAGGGAUGGGAGCAAUCUCAGGAUCCCUUGUGGCUUAGUUGAGGAUUCAUCUAUUACUGUGAUCGGUAUACCUGAUGCAAAACAAGAAAGUUUUCAAAUUGAGCUUGUAGGUUCAAAACUUCCAGAGGAAACAAACCGUCCUAUAGUUUUGAAUUAUAAUGUAAUUUUGCCCGGGGAGAACUUGACAAAGGAUCCCCUCAUCACUCAAAAUACAUGGACUAAUGAUUCUGGAUGGGGUAAGGUGGAAAAAUGCCCUGAUCAUGGCUCUACCGACAUGAUAAAAGUUGAUGGACUAGUCAAAUGCAACGCCAAAAUUUUCCGAAAUUAUAUACAAGAAACGGCAAAUACGACCAAUCCUAGCGAUCCGAAGUCCACAAAUGUGUCAAAUUCUAGUGCCUAUGGUGCUGCCAAUUACCCUUUUCUUGAGGGUAAUCCGUUUACUGCAACACUAUGGGCUGGUAUAGAGGGGUUCCAUAUGACGGUCAAUGGAAGACAUGAGACUUCUUUUGCAUAUAGAGAGAAACUUGAACCUUGGUUGGUUAGUGGAGUCAAUGUGAUAGGUGGUGUGGACACCAUAUCGAUCUUAGCGAAAGGAUUACCUGUUUCCAAUGAUUUGGACUUGGGUUAUGACGUUGAGCACCUCAAAGCUCCACCAACUCGUAAAAAGAGGCUUGUCAUGUUAAUUGGAGUUUUCUCUACUGGAAACAAUUUUGAGAGACGUAUGGCACUGAGGAAAUCAUGGAUGCAAUAUGAAGCUGUGCGGUCAGGAGAAGUAGCUGUCCGAUUUUUUAUUGGUCUUGAUAAAAAUAGGCAGGUCAAUUUCGAGCUAUGGAAGGAAGCACAAGCCUAUGGAGAUAUCCAAUUAUUACCUUUUGUUGAUUACUACAGCUUGCUAGCUUUGAAGACCAUAGCGAUUUGUAUUAUGGGUGUUAAAAUCCUACCUGCCAAAUACGUUAUGAAGACUGAUGAUGAUGCUUUUGUACGGAUCGAUGAAGUUCUAUCUAGCCUCAAGGGAAAGGAUCCUAAUGGUAUAUUAUAUGGCGGAAUAUCUUUCGACUCUGCACCCCACAGGGAUAAAGACAACAAGUGGUAUAUCAGUCCCGAGGAAUAUCCUCCUUCCUCCUAUCCCCCAUGGGCACACGGACCAGGUUAUAUUAUUUCUCGAGAUAUAGCUAAGUUCAUUGUUCAGGGCCAUCAAGAACGGGAACUGAUGCUUUUUAAACUUGAGGAUGUUGCUGUGGGCAUUUGGGUUGAGGAAUUCAGGAGGAAGGGUGACAAAGUACAGUAUGUUGACAAUGAGAGAUUUUACAAUGCCGGUUGUGAAUCAGGCUAUAUUCUUGCACAUUAUCAGAAUCCGAGGAUGGUACUAUGUCUGUGGGAGAAAUUGCAGAAAGAGCACGAACCAAACUGCUGCGAGUGAUCGUGCUGCAAUCCUGAACUUUGCAAAUUGACUAGGUUGGGGAAAGGAUGACUUUUCGGCUACGUCUUUGUUCUACUGUGUUGUGGGCCAUGGAAAAUGUCUAGUGGUAUGUAACGGUAGAAAAUUAGAAAUAGCGUCUACUGAUCACUUUGCGGCUACGUCUUUGUUCUACUAUGUGGUGAGCCGAAGUAAAUGUCUAGUGGUAUUUAGCAGUCGAAAACUAGAAAUAGUGUCCACUGAUCACUUUUCAGCUACGUCUUUGUUCUACUAUGUGGUGAGGCAAAGAAAUGUCUAGUGGUAUUUAGCGGUAGAAAACUAGAAAUAGCGUCCACUGGUCACUUUUUGGCUAUGUCUUUGUUCUACAAUGUGGUGAGCCAAAGAAAAUGUCUAGUGAUAUUUAACGGUAGAAAACUAGAAAUAGUGUCCACUAAUCAUUUUCGGCUACGUCUUUGUUCUACUAUGUGUUGCGCCAAUUUAAAUCAGGGCAAACAACAUAAAUCUUGAUAGUUUGGAGCUUAAUUAUAGAAAAUCUCGAUUUGGGUUUGUCAAGAUAUAUA